AUACGAAGAAAAGAAGCAUUUUCCGAUCCCCUUUGCCUUUCCUAAAAGGUUACGUUUUCCAAUUGAACAACGAAAACGAACCCUCUCUUCAUUUAAAUGCAACCUUUGACCUUACACUAUAAAUAAAUAUUAUACUAUAUAAUUCCAAGAAUACUAAACCAUACCCAUUCAUUGUUUGAUUUUAUUGGGAACCAAAAGAAACAAAUUUUACUUAAAAAAUUUAAAGACGAGAGAAAAUGGAGAGGGUAAAGGAAUCGGAAUCGGAGACGGCGUCGUCGUCGUCGGCGGGUAAAUUGGAAGAAGAAGUAGGGAGGGUGAUGGAUCAAGCCAGGGAGUUGCACGAAUCUGGAGCUUCGCUUUUAUGGAAGAUUUCAAACGAGGAGCAAUCUCUUCGCCAAAAAGCCAUUUCUCUUGAAUCUUCUAUUCGCCGUGUUCGUUCUUCAAUCAAUUCGCUUAUAUCUAAAAAGCUUUUGGAUCCUGAGUUCGCUCGCAAGCUCGAAGAGGAUUUACAGAGAGCCAGCUCCAUCCUAACAGAUGGAGAAGCCGCUGCUUUUCUUCCUGCCGAAGCUCAGGGAAGGUUUCUGAGGAUGUUUCUGGGACCAAUCAAUGUGCGAGCAUCUCGUAAAGAAGUCCAGUUGAAAGUUAAGGAGGAAUAUAACAGCUACAGAGAUAGGACUGCCUUUCUGUUUCUUCUUUUCCCGUUAACUUUGCUUAUUUUAAAAUCUUGGAUUUGGGAAGGAUGCUUACCUGCAUUUCCAGUUCAAUUGUACGAGGCAUGGUUGUUGUUCCUUUACACUGGUUUGGCUAUGCGAGAGAACAUAUUGCGAGCAAAUGGAAGUGAUAUUCGUCCAUGGUGGAUAUACCAUCACUAUUGCGCUAUGCUUAUGGCCCUAGUUAGUCUCACUUGGGAGAUCAAAAGACAGCCUAAUUGUGCUCAGAAGCAGAGAGGUGUAGAACUUUUCCUUCAAUGGGCUAUGAUGCAAGGAGUUGCCAUGCUUCUUCAAAAUAGAUAUCAGCGUCAGAGACUUUAUACUCGUAUUGCCCUUGGAAAGGCUAAUAGAAUGGAUGUUGUGUGGGGAGAAACGUCUGGUGUAGACGGCCAACUGUGGGUUUUAUGUCCAAUUCUUUUUGCUAUGCAGGGGUUUGAGGCAUAUGUUGGACUCCUAUUGCUCAAGACAGCAUUCGUUGGAGUUGUUACUGAAUGGCAGGUAAUUUGUUGUGGGAUACUUUUGGUUUUGAUGGCUGUUGGGAACUUUAUAAACACAAUACAGACACUCAUGACAAAAUCAAGGUUUAAAGCAAAGAUGAAAAGAUCAAAGAGCAAGCCGGAGUUGGAUUAGAAUGUCCUUGAUUGUUAGGUACAUCUUACAUAAGCAACGCCUAGAUAUUCUUUCACCAUUUUGAACUCUUUAAGAAAAUGGCAAGUCCAAGACUAGGCUUCUUUUUUUUUUUUCUUUGAAAUGUAUUUUUGUAAGGUAUUUUUAUUUAUAUAAAUUUUGAUUUGUUAACGAGCCUGAGAUAUUAAAUUCGUGUUAUUGUUCGCAUUGCUUUAUUGUCAAGUACAUUUAGUUGUAAUCUUACUGAAAGUUGGUCCCCUAGUUUUCUGA